AUGAAUGGCAGGAAAAUGCGUGCUCAGAAACAGCCCCAUCUCGAGGACAUGCUUUUCCUUGAUGCCGAUGAGUGCUCUGCUAUCUCAUACCUCCAGGACGGGGUGCCCCAUGCAGGCACACCGUUCAGCCGCCGCUACCUCUUCUUGUGCCUGGUUCAUCUGCCCGGACAACCGCCCUCUUGGGACCACGGAGCGGGAUCCAUUCCUCAAGAUCCAGAUCCGCAGUUUGGCACCCAUCUCGAGGGCGUUGGCCUCCGUCGCUGGCGAUGCUCUCAGGCCAGCAUCGUUACCGCCGGGAUCAUCCGGCUGUCAGUGCUUUUCCCCUACUAA